AUGGCGGAUGCUGACACGACGAUCAACAAGCGACCGCUUCUCGCCGAAACGGUCAAACAAGGCGAUGCGGCCAAGAUUCCAGUAACCCUCUUGUCAGGCUUCCUCGGUAGUGGCAAGACCACGUUGCUGCAGCACAUUUUGAAGAACAAGGAGCAUGCCCUGCGAGUGGCUGUGAUCGUCAAUGAUAUGGGAGAGCUCAACAUCGAUGCGAACCUCGUCGCCUCAACUGGUGUCCUUCAGCGCAAGGAGGAGCUCGUCCGACUCGAAAACGGCUGCAUCUGUUGCACCCUGCGCGUGGACCUGCUCGAGCAAAUUGCUCGCAUCGCUCAAGAGGGCGAAGUGGACUAUAUCGUGAUUGAGAGUUCCGGGAUCAGUGAGCCGAUGCAAGUCGCUGAGACCUUUGAGUUCGAGCUACCAGAAGGUGCGGAAGAGAUGAAGUCGGAUCCGUUGCUAUCUCCCAGCAGCUCGAAACGGUCUCGUACCGACUCUGGUGCCUCGUCGGGCGAGGACACCAGUGCCACUGCUGCAUCUGAACCUUCCACUUCGGCUGGGAUCCCAACUGUCCAGCUUGACGAACUGCUCGUUCGCGACGGCAAGAAGCUGCCACUACUGAGGGACAUUGCCCAGCUGGACACGUGCGUGACUGUGGUCGACGCAGCUACUUUCUUCCACGUGUUUGACGACCCGCGUAUGCUCGCGGACGUGGAGGAAAACCGCGAACAGCUUCCGGAAGGCGACACCCGCACGAUCACGGAUCUCUUGAUCGACCAGAUUGAAUUCGCCGAUAUCAUUCUGGUCAACAAGACGGACUUGAUCCCUGCGAAGGACGUUGAAGCGAUCGAGAAGGUGCUCCGUCGUCUCAAUUCGUACGCGAAGAUUGAGCGAACGGUCAAGAGCCGGGUCGACCCCAAGAUGAUCCUUGGCACGAAGCUGUUCUCUUUUGAACGGGCGUCGAGCCAGACGGGGUGGCUCGAGUCGCUUACGGUGCCGCACACACCUGAGACGGUUGAGUACGGGAUCGGGUCAUUCUUGUACAAAGCAGACCGACCGUUCCACCCUGCACGGUUGACUGGCCUUCUGCAAGACGAGUUCGUGAUCGUCGAGGCACCAUCGCUUCCGCCGUUCCCGUCGGACGACGUCGAUGAGCACGGACAUGAACAUGGAGAGAAAGAAGAAGAAGAGGAAGAAGAAGAGGAGGAAGAGGAGGCUGCGGACGAAGAAAUGGAAGAAGAAGACGGGGAGCCCCUGAACGAGCAAGAGAUUGCCAAGCGAUUGGAAGGCAAGCAAAACGGGCUGUUCAAGAACCUCCUUCGAAGCAAGGGCGUCUUCUGGCUCGGCACUAGAUCCUUCAACUAUGCUACCUGGUCACAAGCAGGUCUGUACUGCACGCUUUCCAAUGGUGGAAUGUGGAUCGCUGCUUUGCCCGAAGAGGAGCGCACGCGCACGAUGAAGGAGCUUCCGAACUAUAAGGAACUGAUGGCUCGCGAGCACGGCGAUCGUGGCCAAGAACUCGUUUUCAUCGGCCGGUUCUCGCAGGACGACAAUGAAAUUGCCAACAUCCGCGCGGCGCUGGACUCGUGUCUUCUCACAGACGAAGAGAUGAAGCAGUAUGUUGCAGGCGAUGUCGAGGAAUGGGAAGACCCGUUCGAGCCGUGGGAGUACUACACCUUUGAGGACUGA